GCCCUGUAUCGAUGCCGUCCGCAAGACGCAGCCGUGUAAUGAGAUGAAGUGCCCAGGGUCUGAGGACUGCGUCAUGGGCCCAUGGAGCGCCUGGGACGAAACCUCGUGCGGAGACAAGAACCAGAAGUUCCGGGAUCGCUCCGUGCUUCAGCCGGCUACCGGAGAAGGUCACUGCAGCUACGGCGUGUCG